AUGGAGGACAAUGUCGAUACUAGUAACGCCAACUCAUUAAUCAAUAACAGCCCAUUCUUUGAUGGUGCUAUUUCAGAAGCUAUUGCCAAAGCUAGGAGCGGUGCGCUACUAUUUGUCAUUGUCGUGCACAAUGCUCAUACAGAGAUGGUCGAUACAAUAUCCAACGACAUAGAGCUUGCACAACAGCUUAACCAUCAUUCUGUUCUGAUCAAGGUGGACCAUGAAUCACCCGAUGCCCAGCACCUGAAGCAAUACUUCGCAUAUGAAAGUGUACCAAUAACACUGUUUAUUGGCCUCAAUGGCAUAGUGCUGCUGAGAGCUCCAGGAGACAGGUCGAAGGAACAAUUACUUGACGACUUUAAGCAGGCCCAUCUCUUGUUUCAACAACAGCAACAAGCUAUUUCCCAGCAACUCAUCAUGUCAAUGAUACAGAGUACUGCUCAACAACAACAACAACAACAACAACAACCAAAACAACCUAAACAACUACAACAAAAACCAUCACAACCUAAGCCACCACCUCAACAACAGUCUUUAAAGGUCAAGCCAACGCCCAACAAAUCAGUGGCCAAACCUACUGCACAAGCCAUUGCACCAACCUCUCCUACAAUAGUUUCAACACAUACAACAAUAAUUUGUAAACUAACCAAUGGUUAUCCUCUAAAGUCAACAUUCUCAGUCAAUGACCGACUGUUGGAGGUUAAGAAGUUUGUAGAUAAUAACCGAAACGAUGGAGCUCAUCCAUACUGCAUGAUGGUCACCCAUCCAAAGAAGGUAUUCCAGGAGAGUGAUAUGAUUAUGUCAUUGAGUGCCUUGGAUUUGGUUCCAUCAGCUACAAUCACCCUAUCAUCGUUGGACCCAACAGCCAAAGCAUUGCCACCACCAACCAGUUCUGUCUCAAUGGAUCAAAACACUCGAUAUGGUAGUGGCAGCAGCAGCAGCAGCAGCAGCAGCAACAACGAUAACAAUGGAGGCUAUUUUGAAAGUGUCAAAGGAUACGUAUCAUCAUGGUUUUCUCCAUCGUCCUGGUAUCCACCUGCUGGUACUGGGCCAACUACAUCCACUACAUCCACUACAUCAACUACAUCAACCACCAACACCAGACCAAACUCGAGAGGCAUUCACACACUCUCGACUGAUGGACCCAACAAUGAUGAUAACAAUAAGCGGAGCAAGGAGCCAAAGAAGGAAGAGAAUGCUGUAAAGAGAAGGAACAAGUAUCACCAACUGCAGAAUCACGACGAUGAACCAAAACAGGACGAUGAUACGAACAACUACUACAACGGAAAUUCAACACAAUUCAAAUGA